GAAAAAUACAUAUAGACACAGCUGCGUUCAUAACAACAAGGUCUUCAACUAUGUAUAAAUACCGCGCGACUCAGGCGACAUACUGCAAUAUCUGCAGAAACCUUGCAACCGUAUUUAGUAACAAAAUUAACUGCUUCACAGUAAUUUUUCUGACACAAAAAUGUACACGUUUUUAGUUUUAUCGGCUGUUGUUUUGGCGGUGACCAAUGCCGCACUGGUGCUAAACGAGAAAGCCAGUAGUAAGAUGGAGAAAGCCAUCUUUACGAAGGUCAACGCCGCUGCGCAGAGAGCAUGCUCGGAUUUUACCGCUACCAAGCCCAAAGUGCAACCACUGAAUGCCUUAGUCGAUGCCAUCAACAGUAAUCUGACACCGAAGCUGAAUCUUUCAAAUUUCGCAUUUAUCGCCACUGUCAGGGAUGAUAAAGGAAAACAAGAAAUCCGGGACAACUCGCAACGUCAGCGCAGUUUCAAGCAAAUUGGACCGGCACAAGUAUACGAAGCCGACUGCAAUGGAUUUGGAAAGACUAAGAUCACAAUAAAGGUCCUCAAGAUCAAACAAGAGUGAAGGAAGAAAAUUGAUGAUGUAUUAAGGAGAGAAACCCGGUUUAUCAGUUAUUGUUUGUUGUGUUGUGUUGACAUAUUUGUGAUACAUUUUGUGAAGCGCCGAUGUUAGCACAACCAUUACCAGGAAUGCUGGAAUAAUUUAAAAAGUAGGAAAUACCCUUAAAAAACGUGGGAAACGCUUUUGAUUAUAGUAAAACGGUCGGGAACCGUAUUACGAUUUUUAUAGUACAGAUUUUGUCGCUACAUUUCCAAACAAGAUGCGGUAAAAUUCCAGUUAAUCUGUUAUAACCUGUUGUUUUGGGAAUCGUUUCCAUUUUACAUGUAAUUAUUG